CUUUUGCAUUUACGACCAAUUGGUAAACAACCUAUCCUGCUUUACGGCAGAGCUUAUUCUUUACGUUAGAGAGUGGCAACAGUACACAUUGCAUCUAAACUGCUAACAUACUGUCUAAAGAGUGCUGCAUAGGCAAUGCGCUUUGGACUGCCUGCUACAGAAGGAUUGCAGGCUGGUGGACCUCUGAGGGCAUUCUUUGUGAUUGCGUUGCUUAGCGUGUUGAUGCUCACGCUGCUGAGGACUGUGGGAUUGAGAGCAUUCUCCAUGGCGUCCGAGACCUACAUGUCGGGCACACACUCUGCUGCCUUCGUCACCUGCCCCAAUGAACAGGUGGCCAAAGAUCUGGCCAGAGGAAUCGUUGAGAAGAAGCUGGCUGCUUGUGUCAACAUCGUCCCCCAAAUUACAUCUGUAUAUGAGUGGCAGGGGAAGAUCCAGGAGGAUAGUGAAGUGUUACUGAUGAUAAAGACCAGAAGUUCUAAGGUUGCAUCUCUGGCAGAAUAUGUUAGGUCCAACCACCCGUAUGAAGUAGCAGAGGUCAUCAGCCUACCCAUAGAGCAGGGCAACCCACCCUACCUCAAGUGGCUUGGUGACGCUGUACCAGAAUGAUGGGUGGAUGGACAGAGGAAGGGAUAGGUGGAUGGACAGAGGGAGGGAUAGGUGGAUGGACAGAGGGAGGGAUAGGUGGAUGGACAGAGGGAGGGAUAGGUGGAUGGACAGAGGAAGGGAUAGGUGGAUG